AUGUCCGCACACGCAGUUAAGCGAAGGAAAUUGAGUCCUUCGCCAACAAACGACGCCUCAGCGACCCAGUCGAAAUCUUCCAACGGCGCAACCAACGAAAAAGCAGCUCAUAUCCCCGCGCGGAAAAAUGACCACUCAUCGAAGACCAACUCGGCCCACCGGGCAAAGGAUGAGCGUACUGCAGAGCUGGCAAUGGCCAGUGGCUUCUACAAGUCCGGCUUCUUCAAGCUGCAAGUGGAUGAACUGGUGAGCGGGUUGAGAGUCAACUACGACAAGCGGAUUUCGAAAGUUCAGGAUACUCUGCACAAGGUGAAAAGCGCAAUCGAAAGCCUACCCGAAAUCUCGCCGAAAUCAAUUGUGGACGCCGAAAAGGAGCUGCGCACUGCUUCUGGAAUCGUGGUGCCGUGGCCCGAACCGCGCCCAAGCAAGGAUGUGAAGUACACCGUUUCGUAUGCGAAGCCAACCAACAUCAAUGUGGUGGGAAGUUUUGGCCUGAGAACGGGAGCCAAGACUGCCGAGUCUCGUCCAGUUGAUCUAGCUGUGACGAUGCCCAGCUCCAUCUUCCAAGAAAAGGACUAUGUCAACUACCGCUAUUUCCAUAAGAGAGCCUACUACAUCGCUUGCCUGGCAGCCGGUAUCCAAGAGACUGUCAAUAGCCUUGGGCUAGAGGUGAAGUUUGGCUUCCAAGACGGAGACAGUCUCCGCCCACUGAUUUUCUUGGAGCCUCGUUCGUCGAAAGAUGAGAAAACGCUGUCGCAGCCCCAAAUCCGGAUCUUGACUGCAAUUGACCCGACUUUGUUCCCGGUUACCCGAACACUCCCCAUGAAGAACAAUAUCCGCCAAGGUUCCUCGACCGAUACCGCGGAAGCUGGUGAGCCGACUCCAUUCUAUAAUGCCAGCCUUCGAUCCGAAGCCGCCGUGUCUCUCUACCACAAAUACCUCUACUCUGCCUCUCAAAAAUGCGACUCCUUCCGUGACGCGUGUAUUCUCGGACGCACUUGGCUGCAGCAACGAGGAUUCCACACCUCAUUCCAGAAGGGAGGAUUUGGAGGCUUCGAGUGGUCUGCCCUUAUCUCACUGCUCUUUGAAGGCGGUGGACCUUCUGGUCAACCGAUUCUUCUGCGGUCUUAUAGCAGUUACCAGAUUUUCAAGGCCACCAUGCAAUUCCUUGCCGGCCGAGACUUGUCCAGCCCUUUGAUCCUUUUCGCCUCGGAUGUUCCCGUUCCUGAUGGCGGGCCCGUUCUGUACGAUGGCCGCCGAGGACUGAAUCUUCUGUACAAGAUGACUCCCUGGUCUUAUUCAGUUCUCCGUCAAGAAGCUUCGGUCACACUCAAGAUGCUGAAUGAGUCUCGUGAAGACAACUUUGACAGAGUCUUCAUCGUGAAGGUCGACGAGCCAGCCUUGAGGUUUGAUCGUCUCCUCACUUUCCCCAAGUCGUUCAGUGGUGACACUCUUCGGUCUCUCCACGACCAAAAGUCUUUGUAUCAAGUGUUGUCUAGGGCUCUUGGGGACCGAGUCAAGCUCAUUUCUCUGACCAGCCGCUCUGUUGAAUCAUGGCCUGUCAAAUCAAAGGCCCUGAACAAGAAGGCGAGCCACGAUCUGUCCGUUGGAUUAAUGCUUCACGGUGAAAACGUCGGCAGGACGGUUGAUCAUGGACCGGCUGCAGAGGAGAAGGAGGAAGCCGCGUCUUUCCGUGCCUUUUGGGGAGACAAAGCUGAACUGCGUCGAUUCAAGGAUGGCAGUAUCGUGGAAAGUCUUGUUUGGUCCGACCAACCCGACGAAGACUCUAUCGUGCAUCAGAUCCUGGCCCAUAUCCUGCAACGGCAUUUCAAGAUUGCGGACGAGGAUUUCUUCUUGCACGGUGAUGAGUAUGACGACAUGCUUUACGAUGAAGGCGACGGAGUCAUCUCUUAUUCCAACUCACAUUUCCAGUCAAUCAACGACGCCUUUGGUGAACUGGAGCAGUCACUUCGAAACAUGGAGGAAGUCCCAUUGUCAAUUCGACAUGUGGCUCCCGCCAGCCCUCUGCUUCGUUAUGCAGCCCUUCGCGUCCAGGGUGCGGACGGAGACAACGAAGCAGCCGACAUUGUCCUCCAGUUUGAAAGCUCAUCACGCUGGCCCGACGAUUUUGCAGCUAUCCAGAUGACCAAGGCGGCCUUCCUUGUCAAGAUUGGAGACUCGCUUCAAGACGCAGGCGCAGCAUCUUCGUGCCGCGUUGGUAUGGAGAAUGAGUCUAGCAAGGUGCUCAACAGCUUCUAUUUGGACAUCUUCCACACUUCCGGAUUCACUUUCCGCCUUAGAAUCCAUCACGACCGUGAACAAACUCUGCUGGAGCGCCAGCUCAAGAACAAGACUAUUAGCCCCCGUGAGCGAGAGGAGAUCGCCUACGCGCUUUUCUCAUACAAGAAGGUUUUCGUCCAAACUCCUCGUUUGACGCAAGCUCUCCGAAGUCUGUGCACUCGCUUGCCACUGCUGUCGCCUACCAUCCGGCUAGUCAAGUACUGGUUCAAUUCGCACCUGUUCUCUGCUCAGAUCAGCGAAGAGUUGAUUGAAAUCAUGACUACCCGAGCUUUCACACAGCCCUACCCCUGGGAGUGCCCCUCAAGCAUCAUGACCGGAUUCCUGCGGACUCUGCACUUCCUCUCCCGCUGGGACUGGCAGCAAGAACCCUUUAUCGUCGACCUCAGCGGCGACCUCAACCCGGAAGUGACUGAGACCAUUAAGACCCGGUUUACCGCAUGGCGCAACAUCGACCCUGCGAUGAACACCGUUGCGCUGUUCGUGGCUUCAGACCUCGAUACCGAGGGUGUGACUUGGACACAGUACGAGAAGCCCUCGAAGGUCGUGGCCGGCCGCAUGACUGCGCUGGCCAAGGCAGCAGUAAACCUGCUCCGCAAGGAACACGACGAGCUGGAUGUGGCCGACUUGUUCCACACCUCACUCGCUCCUUACGACUUCGUCAUCCACCUUCGCUCAAAGCUGCUUGAAGACCGAUCUGGCUCGGCGUCUAAAUACAAGAACCUGGCUGAGGCCAAUGUCCCCGGCCGCACGAGCAAACUGGCUGUCGUGAAGUCAUUCGUUCAUGACGUCCAGGCAUGCUACAACCAGAGCAUUCUCCUCUUCCACGGCGACGAGCGCUCCGGCGUCAUUGCAGGUCUAUGGAACCCCCAGAUGCUGAAGCCUCGAACUUGGAACUUGAAGACGGCAUAUUCGACCGCACCAGCCGCUUCUGCAGACAAGCAGGAUACCGUGAUCAUCAACAAGCCCGCGAUUCUGAACGAGAUCGCUCGACUGGGCGAGGGGCUUAUCGAGACGAUCGAGACUUCGGGUAGCAAACAAUAA